CGCUCCGCCACUGCAUCGCCGCAGAAACAUGAAGUACGAGCGAGCUCCACUCCAGCUACCGACUCAGCAGCAGCUCCGCCACUAGAGCCGUCCACUCUCAGUCCAGCUUCCGCCGAGGAAUCUCUCUUUCUGCCUUUCUCUCUCGCCAUCGUCCAUAACACACCUCGCGUGCCCGGUACCGACAGCCUUUCUCUCUCUCUCUCCUCCAUCGCGUCUCUCUCUCUUUCUCUCCCUCACUCUCUCGGCCCUGAGAGAGAGAGACACCCGCCAUGUGCGUGGAGAGCGACGGUUGCGAGCUGGAGGCGUGCAGCAGUUCGGAUGAAGUCCGCACGCUCUCCGGGAGCAUGAGCGAGGCUCUGAGACCGAGCGCGCGGGAGCUGGGCGCGUGCUCUCCGGGACAGAAAUGCGGCGCCGCGCUCAUGCGCCUCCGCUCCCCCACCGCCGCCGCCGGCAUCCUCAGCUUCGGAAACGUCCUCAACUACAUGGACCGAUACACUGUAGCCGGUGUGCUGCUUGACAUUCAGCAACACUUCGAGGUAAACGAUAGCGGCGCUGGCUUGUUACAAACAGUUUUCAUCUGCAGUUUCAUGGUGGCUGCACCCAUUUUCGGUUACCUAGGCGACCGAUUUAACAGGAAAAUCAUUCUGAGCUGCGGCAUCUUCUUUUGGUCAGCUGUGACGCUGCUGAGCUCCUUCAUCGCCAAAGAGUACUAUUGGUUGUUUGUGCUGUCCAGAGGCCUAGUGGGCAUCGGAGAGUCCAGCUACUCCUCUAUCUCUCCCACCAUCAUCGGUGACCUGUUCACCAGCAACAAGAGGACCAUUAUGCUCUCUGUCUUCUACCUGGCCAUUCCACUGGGAAGUGGUCUGGGCUACAUCCUGGGAUCCAGCGCUAAGGAUGCUGCAGGGGACUGGCACUGGGCUCUGAGGGUGUCUCCCCUGUUGGGCAUGACCGCUGGAGCACUUAUCCUGCUCUUCGUUCCUGAACCCAAGAGAGGCAGUGUUGACCAGCCCAGCAGCCGCAUGAAAACCCGCACCUCCUGGUUCUGUGACAUGAAGGCCCUCGGUAAAAACCGGAGUUACAUGUUCUCCUCUCUGGCCUCAGCGGCCGUGUCAUUUGCGACGGGAGCAUUUGGCAUCUGGAUCCCACAGUAUCUGUUCAGAGCUCAGGUGGUGCAGAAGACCGCCGUGAGCUGCACUGUCCAGCCCUGCAGCAGCAGAGACAGCCUGAUCUUCGGGGCCAUCACUUGCGUGACAGGGCUACUGGGUGUGGUCAUAGGUGCAGCCACCACGCGGUUCUGCCGUCAGAAGACGGAGCGAGCUGACCCGCUGGUGUGUGCCGUCAGCAUGCUGGGCUCGGCCAUCUUCAUCUGCCUCAUCUUCGUCGUGGCCAAGAAGAGCAUCAUAGGAGCAUAUGUCUGCAUCUUCAUAGGAGAAACACUGCUCUUCUUGAACUGGGCCAUAACGGCGGACAUUUUAAUGUACGUUGUCAUACCAACCAGAAGAGCCACUGCUGUAGCCUUUCAGGGUUUCACCUCACAUCUACUAGGGGAUGCUGGGAGUCCGUAUCUAAUAGGCCUGAUAUCAGACGCGCUGCAGAAGAGCUAUGCUACGUCAGUGCUGUGGCAGUUCCUGAGCUUAGGCUACGCCCUCAUGCUCUGCCCCUUCGUCAUCGUCCUUGGGGGGAUGUUCUUCCUUGCCACCGCCCUCUUCUUCCUCGACGACCGAGACAAGGCAGAGCAACAGACGAAUCAGCUCUCUCUGCCUCCGUCUACAGUAAAGGUCACCAAGUGAGAGGAGGACUGGAGUGGAUGGACUGAAGAGCAAGCCGAAGGACUGAGAUGAAGAGAAGGAGGAAAAGUAAAAAAUAUAUAAAGUUUAACAGACCCACAGGAUACCCAUGCUGCACACCACCAUCACCGCCAACAUCAUCACCGCACAUCAACUUCACUGCUGCCAUUCUCUUUUAUCAGUCACAUGGAGGCUGACCUGAACUUGAGCCAUUAAGACACCUCGCUUGCCCAAGAAUGACCAAGUCCUGGGCAAGCGAAUGGGGUGGUGCAGCAUGGGAAAGGCAGCCAAUCAGCAGCUAUUGGGCAGCUUGCAUAUGGAAAUGUACAGUAAAGGGGUUUGCAGGCCCAAGGAGGGGUGGGUUGGGUGGGGGGUGGUCAAUUCUUUAGUGCCAUACUACUGAACACGGACACACUCUGUCCAGUCACGCUGCCUGUCAAUCUGCACCAAGUGCCAUAGCAUCACAUUCCUAUACGGGUCCAGUCCACACCUACAGCCAAGUGGAGCUCACUGAUAGGCCACAAUUGUGUAAAUAUAGAAAUGAAGGAAUCAGUGACCUCUGAGAAGUCUCACGGAUGACCGGCUGUUUGGUUAGCCUGCUUUAAUAAUGCCAACACAGGCAAAUGUCUGGUUCCCUGCUCAUUUACCUUCCCUGUGUCUUCUUUGCUUUUUUAAUCUAUUUGUCUUAGCACUUAUUGAUUUAAUGCAGUGCCAGUUAUUAAUGCAGUCAGCCAACAUAAUCCGCUCAUAUUUUUUGUGCUACACUUAUCUGAUUGUGUGUGAACAUGAAACCUGAGGUCUUUACCUAUGAUUGUUUCAGAGGGGUUGCUGGAUAAAAGUAGAGAAACACUGGAGUGUAAAUAUUAGAAUUUUUCUCAACUUUGUAAAUGAUUUUUUUUUUUCAAUCUUUCUACCAAAUUUUCACAAGUGAUGAAGAAUUACUACACAUUAGAAAGAAUAGGACAUAGACACCUCAACUAACAUGCCAAGGAGAAAAGGGGGAACAGAAAUGCUGUUGGGUAAAGCCCACUGGACGCCUUUCUUGUGAUAGUGUUUUCCUCAAUUCUCUAUUUUACGGAGGAUAAGAUUCACAAGCACCAGUCUAUAAUAAUGGUCAUCUUUGUGCACUGGGCUUUUUUACUCGUUCAGUCGUAGAUAUCCCCUUUCCGAAAGAGAGCCAGCCUGAAUAGGUGAUAAGAAUCAAGCUCAGUCGCGAGUUAAUUAGCUAAUGUAAUCCAUCCUUCUGAGGUUUAAGCCGAAUCUGUUGCUUUUAUUAAGGGACAAUAUUACAUUUGGGUUAUAUUAUCCAAAGCAAGUUGGGUUGUAAAAGCUUCAGAAUCAAAUCUAGAAAGGUGUUGACCACUUUUGAAAAAACCUUUCUUCAUAAACUUGGUAACAAAACUAUGAGAAGUCCACAGUUUGAGAGGCGAAUCUUGUGGAAAUAUAUGGAUUUAAUACUUUUUAACACUACACCGUAGAUGUGAAUACUAAAAAUAACCCUAAAUCAGCUGAAGCACUUUGCUUUUAAAGGAGAAAGGGGGGAAAUGAGGGAAAACUCACUAGAGUAGGCCAUGUUUACUCUUCUCUUGUGAAAAUAUAUAUUAUUGCUGAUUUCUUAAGUUCUUUGUAAAUGGACUUUGUAACAUAUGCAAUUUCAUAGAAUUGACAUCAUUUGCAGAUAUGAAAAGCUUUGAUAAAGGCAAUAAUUGAUAUAUUUUCACCUUCAGUUGAAGCUCUACUGAUCAGACGUUAAGCUUUUUUAAUUUUGGUGCAUAUCAGUCACAUUUUGAGACCUUCAGUUACCAAAUGGAAAUGACCUGUCUUUGAAGCCGUUUGUAUGGUGUAGUCGUCCUCUCAGAGACGAGCAGAGGUUCCACCUUUUUUCACAUUGAAAAAAAGGCAUCCUGCAUAUGGAUCGAGGUGUUGUUUAUUCCGGAAGAGAUCGGGGGGGGGGGACUAACAAAGCAAGCUCUGACAUCAUCUGUAUUGUGAAGGUGUGACUCACCACGGGGAUUGAGGGAUACCGUCCUUAUUUGCCAGUUAAAUUCUCAGAGCUUUCAUCAUGCCGGGUGAAAAGCUAUCUGAAUGUGAUUCUGUCCGAUGUGUUUACACAUGCAAAUUCAUUAUAAUUAAGCUUUUUUUUGUAUUAUCAUUCUUUUUAUGGAUGUCUUUUUUUUCUUUCUUUUUACAGAUAUUAGUUUUAUAUAUCUUAAUGCUAUAAAGAUGAACAAUUAUAUUAUGCAGCGAUUUUAAUAUAUUGUAAACUACAGCUUUGAUGCAAUGUAUUUAUUUGUUGUUUAUUUGUUACCGUUAGGAAUAUUUUACAAAGGGAAAAAAAAUGUUCUGAAUAUUAUAAAUAUUCAAUUUUUUGGGGUUUUGAAAUGAAUCUACAUGUAUCAUUGUCAGUGAAGAAUCCUGGAUAGUUUGUCAUCUCAAAGAACUGUACUUACACCACAAAACAGCACAGCACAGAUUUACUGCACACUCAAGUCCUCCAACAGGUUUUCUAGACCAAUGAAAUGUUACUUUUUUUAUUUUACAUUAUUUACAUUUUGCACAAGCAGUUGGGUGUGCCAUGUUCAGGGGUUGUUUUUCUUUUCUUUUUCCAAUCUGUUAGUUGUACACUGGCGUUUUGUAAGUGCUAAAGGGACUGUACCUAAGUAUCUAAGUCACGUUUCUCACUCAUGCGACAUGCUGUCUAUUUGUUCAGUCGUAGACGUUCUCUGUGAUCCUGCCAUUAAAACUGCAGGCCUGAGACUCAACACCAAAUUCAGAUCAUCAUCAAUGACACAGCCUGCUUAUUAGAACCUGUUUAUUUGCGAGACUGUUUUAAUGGAAGAGUCAUGGGGGUGAUGGUGUGUACUGAGAAUGUGUUCUUUCUUGUCAUACAAGAGUUCUGUACAAAACAAAUUGUUUCUGAUGUUGUGCAGAAACUAAAAAAGGGGAUUUUAUUUUUAAGAGCGAGCGUGAUGGAAAAGAACAAAUAGGUCAAAUAAAAGAAACCAUUAUUAUUGCUAUCUAGGAAGUUACUGUGAUGCUCCGUCUGGGAGCAAUAUGAGAUGUAAACAUAUAUGUCAAUGAUCAAAAUAAACUUAUUUAAUCAAAGCAAAA